CGGUGCCCACGAGACCUUUCCGCACCAAUCCCGCCCGUCUAAUUCCAACGUCGCGCGAAAUUUUUUCCACUCGCCAAACUCUCCCCUUCUCGCUGUCAAAACUGGCCCACCGAUGCCGUACGCGCCUACGCCCCCAUACCACCCGCCACCGCCAAGUAGGCCCGGCGCCACACACGCCAACCUCGCUUUACACCAAACACCAGGCAGAAAGGGCCACCGCCAUGUGGGCCCCGCCCAUCACACCGCAAUCACACGCACGGGUCCCCUCUUCCUCACCUUUCGGUCUUUCCUACCCGCACACCAGAAGCGAAGGAAAGCCCACAACUGACUGAGGCGCACACCAUCCCCACCGCCGGCGCCCGCCCCGCCUCUUCGCCGGCGACGAGCCGCCGCCGAGGAGCUCAGCGUGGAGGGGCUUCCUCGCGUGUGGGAGAAGCUGCCGUUUUUUUUCCUGAGCGGGUCGUCGUUGCCGUGUGCCGCCGAGAUUAGAGUUUUUCAAAGGGUGUCUCCUUCGCGGCACUGGCCUCCUCGAGUUAGUUUAUUUGGAGACAGCUCGAGGCUCGCUUCGGAAGCGACCCGGUCGCCGCCGCCGCCGCCGCCAUCGGCCGUCUCUCCCCGUAGUCGCCGUCUCGGGGCUGGCUGUGGUGAUGAGCUCCGUCGGAUCCUAGGGUUUUUGAAUUCUGAGUUUCUGACGGCUUCGUCGAGCUGCGCAAGGCGUCAAGAAGGAGAUGGUGCCGGGUGGGUUGUUCGGGUGGGCGUCGCCCCAUGUACAGCCGCUCACACCCGUAUCGGAGGUCUCCGAGCCGCCGGAGUCGCCCUCGCCGUACGGGGACGGGCCGGCGGGGGAUGCCGGCGUGGGGGCAAGGGAGGGGGAAGGCGCUGGCGCCGGAGAGGAGGAGGUGGAGGACGACGAGGUCGAGCCGCCGCCCGCGGCGGUGUCCUUCUGGAGGCUUUUCGAGUUCGCCGAUGGGGUCGACUGGGCCCUUAUGGCUGCUGGGGCGCUUGCUGCUGCUGCGCAUGGCGCGGCGCUCGUUGUGUACCUUCACUAUUUCGGGAGGGCCCUGAAUUUGCUCGACUCUGAGCGGGUUGGGUCGUCUCUCUAUGGACGCAGCGAUGAGCUGCUCAGCCGGUUUAAGGAGGUGGAGAUAAAAUUAUGGGGAUAUGGCAACUUCAUCUGUGACAAGAGGGGCUGAAAAAAACAGGACUUAUGGGUCUCAUCUCCUCAGGGGGUAACAACAUGCCUUGUAUAUUGUCUUUAUAGCUGCUGGUGUUUUCGUCGCAGGAUGGAUAGAGGUAUCAUGCUGGAUUCUCACUGGGGAACGCCAGACUGCUGUCAUCAGAUCAAAAUACGUUCAUGUUUUGCUAAAUCAAGACAUGAGUUUUUUUGAUACAUAUGGUAACAACGGAGAUAUUGUUAGUCAAGUGCUCAGUGAUGUAUUGCUCAUUCAGUCAGCUAUAAGCGAGAAAGUGGGGAACUACAUACAUAAUAUGGCUACAUUUGUUGGUGGUCUCAUUGUUGGCCUUCUGAAUUGUUGGCAAAUAGCACUUCUAACUCUUGCCACUGGACCCUUGAUUGUUGCAGCUGGAGGAAUAUCUAACAUAUUCCUUCAUAGACUGGCUGAAAACAUUCAAGAUGCAUAUUCCGAAGCGGCUAGUAUUGGUGAACAGGCCAUCUCAUACAUCCGGACACUGUAUGCUUUUACAAAUGAAACUCUUGCAAAGUACUCCUAUGCUACCUCACUUCAAGCCACACUUAGAUAUGGAAUUUUGAUUAGCCUUGUCCAAGGAAUUGGUCUUGGCUUUACAUAUGGACUCGCCAUUUGCUCUUGUGCUUUGCAACUUUGGGUUGGAAGACAUCUGAUCCAUCGUGGAAAAGCUGAUGGUGGUGAAGUUGUGGUAGCUUUAUUCUCUGUAAUUCUGAGCGGCCUUGGUUUGAAUCAAGCAGCUACAAACUUCUAUUCAUUCGACCAAGGGCGCAUUGCUGCUUAUAGACUAUAUGAGAUGAUUAGUCGUUCAACUUCCAGCACCAAUCAAGAAGGGACAACCUUACCCCAGGUGCAAGGGAAUAUUGAGUUUCGAAAUGUGUACUUUAGCUACCUGUCUCGUCCUGAAAUCCCAAUAUUAAGUGGUUUCUUCCUCACUGUACCGGCGAGAAAAACUGUGGCACUUGUUGGUAGAAAUGGCUCGGGGAAAAGCAGUAUAAUUCCUCUGAUGGAGAGAUUCUAUGACCCAACAUUAGGUGAAGUUCUUUUGGAUGGGGAAAACAUAAAAAAUUUGAAAGUAGAAUGGUUAAGAAGCCAAAUUGGUCUGGUGACACAAGAACCAGCCUUAUUGAGUUUGAGCAUUCGGGAAAAUAUUGCUUAUGGAAGAUCUGCUACCUUUGAUCAGAUAGAAGAGGCAGCAAAAACAGCCCAUGCCCAUGGGUUCAUCAGUUCACUUGAAAAGGGGUACGAAACCCAGGUUGGUCGAGCUGGUCUAGCACUCACUGAUGAACAGAAAAUCAAAAUUUCUAUUGCUCGUGCUGUGCUUUCGAAUCCAUCCAUUCUUUUGCUUGAUGAGGUCACCGGAGGACUUGAUUUUGAAGCUGAGAAGGCUGUACAAGAAGCAUUAGAUGUUCUGAUGUUGGGAAGGUCAACCAUUAUAAUUGCUAGACGUCUUUGCCUCAUUAAAAAUGCUGAUUAUAUAGCUGUAAUGGAGGAGGGCCAUCUUGUUGAAAUGGGGACACAUGAUGAACUUCUAAACUUGGAUGGCCUUUAUGCUGAACUUUUAAGGUGUGAGGAAGCAACAAAACUUCCCAAAAGGAUGCCUACCAAGAACAGCAGGGAACAUAAGUCGCUCCAAUCUGAGGAUGCAUUGGUGAGCCAAUACUUUCAAGAAUCCUCCUCUCCUAAGAUGGCAAAAUCACCAUCACUACAAAGGACACAUGGUAUGCUUCAAUUUUGGCGAUCAGAUGCCAACAGAAACUCUCAUGAUUCACCAAAGGAUCUAAGUCCACCUUCUGAACAAACUAUGGACAAUGGAAUACCUAUGGUUGCAAUUGAAACUGAAAGGACACCGUCCAUUAAGAGACAGAAUAGUUUUGAAAUGAAAUUACCUGAUCUUCCUAAAGUUGAUGUACAUCCUAUACAGCGGCAGUCAUCUAAGAAUUCAGAACCUGACUCACCCAUAUCUCCUCUUUUGACUUCUGAUCCUAAGAACGAGCGGUCACAUUCACAAACUUUUAGCAGACCGCAGAGUGAACAAGAUGAUACGAGUUCUGAACGUAGUGAACUGGAUGAGGUUCAGCACCAGAAACCUCCAUCUUUUUGGCGUCUUGCAACACUUAGUAUCGCUGAAUGGCCUUAUGCUCUUUUAGGUACAAUUGGUGCUGCUAUAUUUGGCUCAUUUAAUCCACUGCUUGCUUACACAAUAGCACUUAUAGUGUCAGCAUACUAUCAGAUAGAAAUCCGUGAUAUGCGCCAUGAAGUGAACAGAUGGUGUUUAUUCAUAGUGGGCAUGGGUGUUAUUACAGUGCUAGUCAACUGGCUGCAACAUUUCUAUUUUGGAAUAAUGGGGGAGAAAAUGACUGAGCGCAUAAGAAGGAUGAUGUUCUCAGCAAUGCUACGCAAUGAAGUUGGAUGGUUUGACAAAGAUGAAAACAAUGCUGAUACACUGUCCAUGCGCCUCGCAAAUGAUGCUACAUUUGUCCGUGCUGCGUUCAGUAACCGGCUUUCCAUAUUUAUACAAGAUACUGCUGCAGUAUCUGUGGCUCUCCUUAUUGGAAUGUUGUUGGGAUGGCGGGUGGCACUUGUUGCACUUGCAACUUUGCCAGUCCUUGUCAUAUCUGCUAUUGCACAGAAAUUGUGGCUUGCUGGUUUCUCAAAAGGAAUCCAGGAAAUGCAUAGAAAGGCUUCGUUAGUACUUGAAGAUGCAGUCCGGAACAUAUACACUGUAGUAGCAUUCUGUGCUGGCGAUAAGAUCAUGGAACUCUACAGACUACAUCUUGGGAAGAUACUAAAACAAAGUCUUGUGCAAGGAUUGGCUAUAGGCUUUGGUUUUGGUCUCUCCCAGUUCCUCCUUUUUGCCUGCAAUGCCUUGCUUCUUUGGUACACUGCAAUUUCAGUUGACCGACAACGUCUGACAAUAGCCACAGGACUAAAAGAGUACAUUCUGUUUUCGUUUGCAUCAUUCGCGUUGGUGGAGCCAUUUGGACUGGCACCUUACAUUCUUAAAAGGAGAAAAUCUCUUACGUCAGUCUUUGAAAUUAUUGACCGGGAGCCAAAAAUUGAUCCUGAUGAUACCACCGGCUUGAAACCACCCAAUGUCUACGGAAGCAUUGAAUUCAAGAGUGUUGAUUUUUCUUAUCCUGUUCGCCCUGACAUUCUUGUCUUGAGUAAUUUUAAUCUUAAAGUGAGUGGUGGGCAAACACUUGCGGUGGUUGGGGUCUCAGGAUCAGGGAAAAGCACCAUUAUUUCUUUGAUUGAGAGAUUCUAUGACCCUGUUUCUGGCCAAGUUCUGCUGGAUGGUCGAGAUCUGAAAUCAUUUAACCUUAGAUGGUUGCGUAGCCACAUGGGCCUGAUUCAGCAAGAUCCAGUUAUUUUCUCAACGACGAUAAGAGAAAACAUUAUUUACGCAAGGCACAUCGCAACAGAGGCUGAGAUAAAGGAAGCUGCAAGGAUAGCAAAUGCUCACCAUUUCAUCAGCAGCUUGCCACAUGGAUAUGACACCCAUGUGGGAAUGAGAGGGGUCGAUCUAACACCUGGGCAAAAGCAACGGAUUGCCAUUGCUAGGGUGGUUUUGAAGAAUGCACCUAUACUGUUGUUGGAUGAGGCCAGCUCUGCAAUCGAGUCUGAAUCAAGUAGAGUGGUACAAGAAGCUCUCGACACUCUGGUUAUGGGUAACAAGACAACGAUUCUCAUUGCGCACAGGGCAGCAAUGAUGAAGCAUGUGGAUAACAUUGUUGUCCUAAAUGGUGGUAGGAUAGUUGAGCAGGGCACACAUGACUCUCUGAUGGAUCAGAACGGUCUAUAUGUUAGGUUGAUGCAACCCCAUUUUGGCAAGGGCCUUCGCCAGCAUCGGCUAGUGUAAUUAUUAUUGAGCUUGUUAGGUGUAAAUUAUCCUAGGGCAUGAUCAGGUUUACUUCCGCUCUUGGUGCAGCCACUCAGGGCCCGUUUUGGCACAUGAAAAAUGCUGGGAAGUUGCCGCCUUGCUGGUGUUGUUCUGAGUAAGCGGAAUGCAGACCUGAUCUUGACAAAAAAAACCUAGCUUGGAGAUUCAGGUAAGUAACUGUUGGAACUGUAGGGCACAACUCAUUCUGGAAAUAGUUAGCAAGUUUGGAUGGCAUUGUAAUUGUUGUAAUAUGAGUUGAAACAUUCUUUCAGAGGCUCGUGCUUGUGAUCUCUCGCAUCUGUAAUGUUAGUGUUUUGAUCAUUUAAUGUGUGUAUAUUGUUCGAUUCUUGGUCGGUCCGAGUCUUGUAGCCGUGAUGAAAAGCUUUUUACAUGGAAAUUCUGAGCUUGGCGUUA